CUUAACUGCAUUUAUAUUCUCAGUUUAAAAUGGCUCUUAGAUUACUUAUCAUUGCCGCUGCGGUUUUGGCAUUGGCAUCUUCAUUUGCAGAAGCAUCAGAUCCUAGUUCUUUGCAGGAUUUUUGUGUUGCUGUUAAAGACUCCAAGGCUGCUGUGUUUGUUAACGGAAAGAUUUGCAAGAACCCAAUGGAAGUUGAUGCUGAUGAUUUCCUCUUCCAAGGUCUUAACAAGCCUGGAAACACAUCAAAUCCACUUGGAUCAGCCGUCUCAGCUGUGAAUGUCAAUAAUCUAGCAGGACUUAACACACUCGGCAUUUCAUUAGCUCGUAUUGAUUUUGAGCCCUACGGCCUCAACCCUCCCCACACGCACCCUCGUGCAACUGAAGUCUUACAGUCUUGGAAGGCACCCUCUACGUUGGGUUCGUCCUUUCUAAUCCGGCGCCAGGAAUGA